CCAGCAUCCACUACGGACUAGGAGAAGAUUUACCGGUGAGUAAAAUCUUAUUUUCCAUAAUGUAUUUUAUUUCCAGCAGGUGGACACACAAGCAGGAAUAUUUCAGAAGGACAUCUAAUGUUAUCCCCGGAUUGUGACAUAAAAGAUAAUGACAGUAGACAGGAUUCUCCAGGAGAUAACCCCAUUACCCCAAUUAUACAUCCAGCUCUAUCAGCUGAUCCCUCUGAUCCUGGGAAAUGUUCUCCUGAUCACUCUGAUAUUGGAGCAUUUGUUACAGCUCUGAGAUUAGAUACAGUGUUUCCCUGUUCUAUAGAUGCCAAAUGUUUUACACAGAACACAAAGCCUAUUACCCAUCAUCCAGCUAAGGCAGGUGAGAGGCCACUGAUAUGUUUUGAGUGUGGGAAAUGUUUUACAAAGAAAUCAGCUCUUGUUACACAUCAGAGAAGUCACUCAGGUGAGAGGCCGUAUUCCUGUUCUGAGUGUGGGAAAUGUUUUACACAGAAAUCAUCUCUUGUUACACAUCAGAGAAGUCACACAGGUGAGACGCCGUGUUCCUGUUCUGAGUGUGGGAAAUGUUUCGCAUUUAAAUCAGUUCUUGUUAAACAUCAGAGAAGUCACACAGGUGAGAAGCCGUUUUCCUGUUCUGAGUGUGGGAAAUGUUUUGCAUGGAAAUCACAUCUUGUUACACAUCAGAGAAGUCAUACAGGUGAGAAGCCGUUUUCCUGUUCUGAGUGUGGGAAAUGUUUUACACAGAAAUCAGCUCUUGUUACACAUCAGAGACGUCACACAGGUGAGAGGCCGUUUUCCUGUUCUGAGUGUGGGAAAUGUUUCGCAUUUAAAUCAGUUCUUCUUACACAUCAGAGAAGUCAUACAGGUAAGAUGCCGUUUUCCUGUUCUGAGUGUGGGAAAUGUUUCGCAUUUAAAUCAGUUCUUGUUCCACAUCAGAGAAGUCACACAGGUGAGAAGCCGUAUUCCUGUUCUGAGUGUGGGAAAUGUUUUGUACGGAAAUCAGAUCUUGUCACACAUCAGAGAAGUCACACAGGUGAGAGGCCAUAUUCCUGUUCUGAGUGUGGGAAAUGUUUUGCACAGAAAUCAGCUCUUGUUAGACAUCAGAGAAGUCACACAGGUGAGAAGCCGUAUUCCUGUUCUGAGUGUGGGAAAUGUUUUGCACAGAAAUCAAAUCUUGUUACACAUCAGAGGAGUCACACAGGUGAGAGGCCAUUUUCAUGCUGUGAGAGAAAUAAAUCCGCUCUUGUUGAACACAUUAGACAUUACCCAAGUACGGAACCAUUUACAUCUUCUGGAGUAUAAUUAUCACUGUCAUGCAAUGUUCCUCAAGGAUGAAUCCUAUCUCCAAUGCUUUAUAAAAUAUACAUGCUACCACUGGGUGAUAUAAUCAGACAUCAUGGCCUGGUCUAUCACUGCUAUGCUGAUUACCUGCUUUUUGCUCCAUGUACUGAGAACCUAAUACCAAUCCUAAAUGGUUGUCUAGCUGAGCGCCAUGGGUGGAUGAUACCAGUUUGCUGUGAUUCAGUCUUUGUGAAACAUAAUAGAAGCUCACCAACAAAGGACAAGACUUUACCAACCAUCUGGAUUUAUGCUUUGGUGCUCAGAAUUGAAAAUACUGAACAUGUGCUGAAUCUUUGUGUUGUCCUGGUAUGUGGCUGACACAUACAUCAGGUAUCUGCCACAUACAAAUCCUCAUUCUUCCAUCUGUGGACCAUAGCCAGAAUCAAGCACUUGAUUCCCUCAGAAGUUCAUAGACUACUGCAAUGCCAUCUACCUGGGUCACCCAGCAAAAGAAUUACAGAGCUUGCAGCUAGUACAGAAUGCAGCAGCCAAGCUGUUACCUAACCCGUUCCUGCCACAUAACACCAAUUCUCUACUCCCUUCACCGGCUGCCUGUAAGAUGACAAAUCUAUUUCAUAAUUGGCUAACUGACCUUCCCAGCCCAACAUUACAUGGUCCAAGGUACUAGAAGCAGCUCCUGCCUCCUUACUGCCCUGCUUGCUUGCUUCUACAGAUGAAGGACUGUUACCGACAGUACCAAGAAUCUCCUGUCAUUCAUUUAAGGGUUGAACUUUAGCUUUGCAGCCUUGACCAUGGAACUCACUGCCUUGCACAGUCCAAGAGGCCUGCACUCUAGAGACCUUCACAAGCAGACUGAUGACUGUUACUCACGCUUUUCAUUAAUGUACCUCUAUUUCUCAUACGUCCUAGAGGAUGCUGGGGAUUCCAAAAGGACCAUGGGGUAUAGACGCAUCCGCAGGAGCUUGGGCACACUGUAAAGACUUAAACUGGGUGUGAACUGGCUCCUCCCUCUAUGCCCCUCCUCCAGACCUCAGUUAGACUUUGUGCCCAGGAGUGAUGGGUCACACACUAGGGGAGCUCUACUGAGUUUCUCCAUUAGCUCCAGAGGGUUCGAUCACUUGGUGCGCCUAGCUGCUUGUUCCCGGAGCCACGCCGUCAUUCCCCUCACAGAAGCCAGAAGAAAGAAGCCAUGUGAGUAUGAGAAGAUCAGAAGACUUCAGUGACGGCAGAAGACUUCAGUAACGGAGGUACAGUGGUAGUGCUGCUCUUCAUGCUCCCACACACCAAAGGCACUCACAGGGUGCAGGGCGCUGGGGGGGGGGGGGUGGAGCGCCCUGGGCAGCAUGUUACUGGUCUGCUUAAUGUGAACAAUUGGCAAAAAAAAAAAAGCAUUUAGGUGCCGAGGCACCGUGGUUCAUCCCCCGCCAGUAUACUUGAAUUAUUUCCCCGACACCGCUUAUACGGGUGUAGGGCGCGCGGGGGGGAGCGCCCUGAGCAGCGAGUCAGUUUUAAAAGUUCUUCCUCGCACUGCCGGGGGCUCCGUAUACAGACCCCCGCAGGCGCGUUAGGCCGUGGUCCCCGUCGGCCACCAUGGGUACAGGGCGCCGGGAGGUGGUGGCGCCCGGGGCAGCAUAGAUAGUUAGAGCUCCCGGGCGCCGCACACGGGGACCCACCAUGAGAGUGGCGGGUGCGCGAUGCGCCGGAACUCCCGCUUCCCGAACGUUGUCUGGGGUGCAGGGCGCGCAGGGGGGGUCCUGAGCAGCAUGGUGCUGAGUGUGUGUGUGUAUAUAUGUAUGUGUGUGUAUGUAUGUGUGUGUGUGUGUGUAUAUAUAUAUAUAUAUAUAUAUUUGUGUGUGUAUGUAUAUGUGUGUGUGUGUGUGUGUGUGUGUGUAUAUAUAUGUAUGUGUGUGUAUAUAUAUGUGUGUGUGUGUGUGUGUGUGUGUGUGUGUGUGUGUGUGUGUGUAUAUAUAUAUAUAUAUAUAUAUGUGUCGUUACCCUAUAUUUAGUACUCGGCCGAGAGGGGCGGAGCUUAGCCUCACACACUGAGUCGGCGCCAUUUUUCCCUGCUGUCCCCGCCAAGAACAAACAGUGGGGAACGCAAUGUUUGGACUCUGUUGCCCUCCCAGAGGUGUAAUCUCCCUGUGUAUAGGUUCCCCCGGCUCAAUAGAGGGUUUUAUUUAUAUUUAUAUAUAUAUAUAUAUAUAUAUAUAUAUAUAUUUAUUUUUGUCGAGCGGGCUUAAGUGCGCCGGGAAGGGGCGGAACUUAGACCUCACAGAGGGGUCAGCGCCAUUUUCCAAAGUUCCCCACCGGGACUUGCUGUAUACUAAGAAGGAAGGGGGGCACAGAGUGUUUUAAUGCUGUAUGGGUGUCAUACAGCAUUAGGAUUGAUAAUGGACGCAGAAUCCUUGUUGUAAUACAUAAAUACACUGUUUCCCUGUUUUAUUUACCCACUAUUGGUUAGUCGACGUGUGUCGACAGGUGUGAGGGCUUUGUCAAAGGCGUCUGUGGGGAUAACUGUCGGUUGAUUAAGCUCUAGAUUGGCCGGGACGAGUUGGUUUCGAUGCUCUCAAGGAGUCCGAAUAUUAAUCUCUUCACAACGCGGAGAGAAAUCUAUGACAGUCAACUCCUGGUCGACGCAGAGCCCGGUCGCAAGGGAUCAUACACAGGCAGCUAAGUGAUAUUUUAUUUCUAUACUUUGACCUUAUUUGCAAUGGAUGCACUUGAGGGAGUUUGGUAGUCAGGUAAGCUUCCGAUAGAAUUAUCCUGCCCAGAGUGGGUAGGGCUUGCCUAUGUUUAUUUUUCCUUAUAACAUUACAGCAGGCUGCCAAGUGACAGCAGGUGGUGUGACCGGAAAAAUGCGGAGGAGGUCUCCGGGAGAUGCUGGUGGGAGGUAUACAGCUGUUUGGUGUGGCCUCUCUUCAGUUAAUCUCGGCGGUAUCCGCUGAUGAGGCUGAAUUCGAGAGUUAACCUCCUUCACAACAGUGGAUGACGCAUUCUUUUGUGGGAUGCAGUCGUUUAACCGGUUCAAGACCGUUCUUUUUCCUUUUCUGUGUAGACAGUGGAAGGUGAAAAGGUAAGUGUUCUGCAACCUGGUUAGGUUCGCAGAAGUGGAUGUAGUUUCUGUUUCCACUAUAUACACCACUUGUCGCUGAGUCUAUCUGGCUGGUCCCCACUUCGGUGACCACUUGUCCACUAAUUUUCAGUUAGUCUAGGAAUAGACUACGACAUGUGAGUUAUUUAUAGAAGCCAAAGGGGAACGUUCUGAGUUACGGUUGUUUCCCCUUACUGUUUUUUCUAAUAGAUUUUGCCUCUCCCCUAUGGAAGGGGAGGUAACACGCAACGCCUUACAGAGGUGCGUCACGUUCAGGACAUUGUCUGGUUGUCCCUGUAAAAAUGUGCAUAUCCUUGUUUAUUUGACGGUUCUUCGGCGCAGAAAUGGGCCUGUUGUUCCCAACGACGCAGAUGUCAGAAGUGGUUUUCAGAGUGGAUACUGACCGGUUAAGGUUUGGUGUUUUCCUGUGGAAAGAGGUCUGAGGGUCCAGAGUUGGAUCGACUUUGAGGUGACACCUCAUCAAUAGGUUCCAUUAAGAAGACAGAUGGAUGCGGCAUGAGAGGUUUUUUUUCGGAGAGCAGGUCUAAUACCAGAGUGAUUUUCAUGGGACCAGUUGGAAAUGUGGUCCGGGUCACACCUGUGCAUCCACCGGAAUAUAAUCAAAACGGCCAGGACAUCGCUCCUGUGGUGUCUGCUCGAUUUUUUUCCUUCUAGAGGGAUAAAGGUUUAGAUCUUGGUGUCCGUGCAUAUAGAUCUCCGAAGCUGGGGAGCAGUCCUUUGCAAGGGACGUAUUUCCAGAGGAUGAGGUCAGGUUGGGAAACUUGUCUGCUGUAAGUUUUGGAAUUAAGAGCUAUUUUAGACGAACGUGUUCUUCAUGCUCUGCCGUGUUAAUUCUGCCAGAAGCCUUGUCAGAAAUGGCGUAAGUAAGCCGCUAGGGCGGAACAAAAAAAAAACCACGAAAAUGGCAGAAGAUGCGCUGUUUGCAGUUGAGGGGGAAGUCUGGUAAACGCUAUGUUAGCAGUCUUCAUUCCGGAGGUAAACGACGGAGACAUAGAUUUCCUUUGCGACAUGAUAUUCAGCCGGGAAAAAUACUGUCAUUAUUGAGAAGCUUUCCCAGACGUGCCAAGUCUUUGUGGAGUGUCGCAAUUGGACAUGUUGGCGUUUCGCCUCAACGUGAGACCUCGAGGAGAGGGUUCCAGGUUAAGAGACACUCAGGAUAUAGCAGCGGACAUCCUUGUGACACUGUUUUUAGUCGGUCGAGGUGGCCUCUCCGCUUUCACUUUUCUGGCAGUGGUAAGCGUAAGAUGAUCGAUGAUCCUCUGAACUCCGGUCUAACCAGAGAGGGUUGGCUAUCCAGUUUUCAUGGUUUACUCAUAGAAAAUUACUGCCCUCUUCCUUUACGUGACGUAAUGUUACAACAGGAUCAGGGCGUGUAUCAGGACUUACCGCGGCUGCGUCUAAUGGUGGGGCGGUUGAAGGUCGUAUCCUAAGCUGAAUGGGUGUUCCCAGUGAAGUCGUUUCUUCAAUUCUUCCGGCUUGGAAAGAACUCACGGCACAGCGUUAGAACCGUUGUUGGAGUAAUUAUGUGUCUCGGUGUGUAUCCAGGAAGGCUCCUAUGGAGGACUUUCAGCUAGGUCCUGCUUAUCCAUACGUUACAAGCCGAUGUGAAGGCAAGACUAUAUUAAGUUUCUUUGCGGAAAUUCUCGUUUGGAAAGUGGUCAGGUUUUUGACUUCGACGUCCGCAAGGCGGGUGUCGGACGUGGUGGUAUUGUCCCACAAGAGCCUUGUUUGAUCUUUCAGGUGGAUAGAGAGGAAUUGAGUACUCGGUUGAUAAUUCUACCAAGAGGGGUUUCGCAGAAAUCAGGCUUUUGUUGAUGCAGGGGGUUACUUAGGCAUUAGCUGGUUCAAACCCCCUUGCUCUAGCCAGGGUUUUGAGUAUGCAAGUCAUCUAUUUGGCUUAGUUUGGAGUAACAGAGACCCUGUUUAUGUGGUAUGUUCCCAGCUUACUUUGGGAGACUGCGUUAUGCAGUUUGUUACAUGCUGAAUCUGUGAUGCGGUCUGGCAUGUUUGUUCUACGGCUGCUUUGCCGUCACCGAAGUCGGUGGAGGUUCCUUCUUUUGGGAAGAUGGGAUUUUCUUGGGCGAAUGCCCGAGGAGUCUCGGCGGUUCAACUUUGCCGAGCGGAUUCUUGGUCUGGGUCAAAAGUUUUUGCCAUGCUUUACAAGUUUGAUACCCGGAUUGUUGAGGACCUUAUGUUUGCUCAUUCGGUGCUGCAGAGUCGUCUGCACUCUCCCGCCCGUUUUGGAGCUUUGGUAUAAACCCCAUGGUCCUUUUGGAAUCCCCAGCAUCCUCUGGGACGUAUGAGAAAAUAGGAUUUUGGUACCUACCGGUAAAUCCUUUUCUCUUGGUCCGUAGAGGAUGCUGGGCGCCCGUCCCAGUGUGUACGGUCUACACAGUUAUUGCUUUUUGGUUACACCCUGGUGGUGUGUCUUCUCUAUCUGGUGGUUGCUACCGUUGUUCAUGACAUAGCAUGCAGGGUCCUAUUUUUGUUUCUGUGGACACAUGGGUUGUGUUACAUAUUCUCUCAGGGUUUUGUUCAUGCCGUUGACUGGUAUUCUACUGAGUGCCACGUUCUACGGUGUGUUUGAGGUGUGAGCUGGUAUGACACUCACUGUGUUUAUAACAAUAAAUUCUUUCCUCGAAAAUGUCCAUCUCUCCUGGGCACAGUUUUCUAACUGAGGUCUGGAGGAGGGUCAUAGAGGGAGGAUCCAGUUCACACCCACUUUAAGUCUUUACAGUGUGCCCAAGCUCCUGCGGAUCCGUCUAUACCCCAUGGUCCUUUUGGAAUCCCCAGCAUCCUCUACAGACUAAGAGAAAAGGAUUUACUGGUAGUUACCAAAAUCCUAUUUUACUUCCUAAAUAAUACAUCCCAAAGGCUUAGGUCUUUUUUCUGCUGUUUAUUUAGUAUCUUGUGCUUUGUGUAAAUGUGAAUGUCUAAUACCAGUUUCCACAAUCUGUAUUGCUGCACGACAAUAUGGCGGCCAUUGGAACGUGUUUUCACUUCUAGUUUGCCUAACUUGUUGCAGUCACUCAUCUUGAUCAGGAGUGCUGAGUGUUUUCAGAUACAAGAUCCUGUCCAUAUAUACCCUGUACAUUAUCAUGUGCAUUAGAGUCACCCGGGUUCCAUCUGCGGUGGUUUGUUGUAAGUUACAUCUAUAUGGUGCGGAUACUCCUCUGUAUGAUUUCAUAAUAAAAGCUUUUGUUUGCAUCUAA